AUGGCGGUCAAGAGCCCCGAUGGCCAUCGUAUGACGCCGGUCAUCCUUCCGAGGUCAGUGGUCUCGGACAAGGGCAUGACUUGUGAGGCUAUGAUGGACGGGGCUAGGGCUGUGACACAGUUCAGGGCUCCCCUGGACCCUGCCCUCGCUGCCGUAUUCUGCCCUGUGCCUGUGUUGAGUCAAUAA